AGUUCAGACGCCGCCACUGCGGCUCCUUUAUCUGCAGGUGAAUGAUUAACGGACGUGGCUUCACGCGGAGGCAGAAGUGUGAUGCUCUGACAGAAAGGGAAGAGAGAACUAGAAGAGCUUCAGGUUUCAGACUCAGUUCUGCUGCUCAGACACGCUCAGGUGGUGGACUCUCCAUGGAGCGGCUGUCCUCUCUGCUGUCCACCCUGAAGACGGUGCACCCAGACACGGUAGAGCACGAGUACAAUGUGGUGCGCUCACAGUCUCUGCAGAUAAAGAGAGAGCUGAAUUUGACCUCACAAGUCGGAGCUCUGAAGGAAAACAUCAAGAAGAAUCGUUACAAAGACAUCCUGCCGUAUGAUCAGACCCGGGUGGUGUUAUCCCAGCAAACCGCUGACGCACAUUCUGAUUAUAUAAAUGCCAGCUUCAUCAAGGGGGCGUCAGGGGACUGCAGGUACAUUGCCUGCCAGGGGCCUCUUAGCUCCACCCUGACGGACUUCUGGAGGAUGAUCUGGCAACAUCACAUCAAGGUGAUAGUCAUGGCCUGCAGGGAGAUCGAGAUGGGGAAGAGAAAGUGCGAGUGUUACUGGGCUGCAGCUCUCCAGCCAGUCGUGUUCGGACCUUUUACUGUCCGCUGUCAGGGAGAGACCAAACCCAACAAGGACGUCGUGGUCAGAAAUCUGACCGUCAGCUACCAGCAGGAGACCCAGUCGGUGAUCCAGUACCAGUACACAUCCUGGCCAGAUCACGACGUUCCCUCUGACACGGCAGGAAUUCUGGACCUGCUGGACCGAGCCAGAAGCAGCUGUGGAGCUGACCCGUCACCUCUCCUGAUUCACUGCAGUGCCGGCUGUGGGAGGACAGGAGUCAUCUGUGCUCUUGACUACAUCCAUGACCUUCUGGUUGCCACGCAGAUUCCUAAAGGCUUCAGCAUCCUGAAGGUCGUCCUGGAGCUCCGGAAACAGAGACCUUCAGCAGUGCAGACCCAGGACCAGUACCAGUUCAUCUUCAGCGCCGUCAUCCACAUGUUGGAACGCUUCCUCCAGAAGUCGGAUCAGCUGUACUGGAAACAGCAGGAGGUGAAGAAACUUGAGAAGGAAGCUUCAACGCCAGCGGCUUUCUCCAUCAACAGGUACCGACCCGCAGAGAGACAGACGGCGUGUUUCACCCCGAGAUCAUCUUGGAAGUCCGCCAUGAACGACACAUACGCCGUGGUCAACAAACCCAAAAAGGCCCAGCGAAUCCCAUCGGACCCCGCCCACUCUUCCAUGGUUACGUCCAGUGAUGGAAUCAGAAUGCUUCCGCCCUCCCACGAAUAUGACAAUGACUUCCCUGAGGUGUCCGCAGCGCCGCUCUACAGCACCGUCAAACCCCGAGUCAAACCACCAAACCUCAAGCUCUCCACCUCGCCUGUCUACGACAUCGCAGUACCAGCCGGUCAGUCCAGCAAAGGUUCAGACUGUCAGCUGGUGUCAGCUGGAUGUGUUUCAGCAGGCGAUGAUGACUAUGAAGAUGUUUCAUCCUCGGUGAGAGAUGUGAGCAGCAUCUGCUCACCUGGUGGCAUUGGGUUUAACUGUCGUGUUCAGAAGCCCAGAGGACCCAGAGAUCCUCCAGUUCAGUGGUGCCGACUGGAGAGAUGAACAGAUAAACGGGUCUAAUUUAUGCCAGUGGUUCUGAGUUAAUGGACCAAAAUCACGGAUCUGUUUAAUUCCUGACCUGUUCCUGAUUGUGGUAAAGAGUUGAAGUUCGUAUUCUGAAUUCUUUUGAUUUAAUAAGUAAAGUUACAUUUGAGUGAGCCUGA